CGCAACGCACCUUCGCAUACGGUCGCUAAUCGCACCACGUCCUUGGAGCGCUCUUAUCGAUACGUAAACAGUUCGCAACGACGUAUUUGAAGGUGAAGACGACGACGGAUCGACACGACUCGAACAGGUGCACGGGCUAGCAUGUCCGUGCCGUCGAUGGUAGUGCAACAUCGAUCAGGAGAGGCUCUGAUAGUGCGCAGCGGCGACGCGCUUUUCGACGACUUUGACGACGAGAAAGACCUCCCCGAGUGCAAGGUUAAGCGAAACUACUCGUGCGCCAGCUGCGACUUCUUCACGCAAAACCCCAGGCACUACCUCUACCAUCUCCGCGAUGUUCACGAGGAGAAAGUGAGGAUCUACGAGUGCCCCAACUGUCUCUACGCCUCCAAACACUUCCAGAAGCUGUUGCGUCACACCAAGAUGGUGCACGGCGACAAGGACGACGACGACAGAGCCGACACGCCGCCGCCGGACGACCCCGAAACGGUGUUCAAAUGCUCAGUUUGUGCGUUUAGCGCCCGCACCCGAGCCCAACUCGAUCGCCACGAGCGCGCCGAGCACAUCAAGACAAAAUUCUUCAAAUGCACCAAGUGCACAUACGCCACCCACAUGAAGGCGCGCUUCACCAAACACGUCAAAUACCACUCGAUGCCGAUGAUCAAGUGCGACAUGUGCGACUUUCGCACCCCCUACAAGUGGAACCUGGACCGCCACUGCAAGAACCACAACGGCAAGGGCGCCUUCCGGUGCUCGGCGUGCAACUUCACCGCCGACAUCAAGCAGAGUUUGACCGUGCACGAGAUGAACCACCAUGUGCCGCCCGUGGGCCAGGCGGCGGGCCUGGGGGUGGGGCGCCGACGCAACAAGGUGGGGGCGAGCGACGCCACCGCCGCCGAGGAGGCCGCGCGCCAAGAACAGGUACCCCCCGAAACGGAAAAGAAAACCAAGCACAGUCCCGAGCAGGGCUCCUUCGGACCGGACUUUAUCAACCCGGAUGACAUCAUCCACCACGCCAAUGGCAACGUCUACAUCAAAAACAAGUGCAAGUUGUGUAACUACAAGUCAGCAUGGGCCUCAGAAAUGACCAGACACGAGCAAAAAGUACACAAUAUUAAUACUGACCCGAAACCGAAUAAGAAACCCACAAGACCCAUACCCAAUCUCAUCCCCAUACCCUCCAAGGUGAAGAAGGAGCAAGAACCUGAAAUGACAGAGCAAGACAUUAACGAUAUUUGCGCCAAAUCGGCCAACAGCGCCCUCAAGGACUUUGCGUCGUUGUUUGGCAGCGAAGACGUCUUUGAAAAUUGUCAAACUAAAAUCCCUGAUCUCAUCCCAACCACUAAACAAACCACCACCGAUGAAUUCAAACAAAAGAAUGCCUCCUUCUUUGACAAACUCAAAGAGAAACUCAUGAGUAGCACCAACUCCAUGACGUGUCCAUUGUGCGGACAUAAGAGCAAAUGUUUAUCGGAACAAAUCAAACAUCAGAAAAAAUGUGGUAAAGACAACCAUACUCAAACUCCGAGUACGUUCACGAGCUCCUCCAGGUGUCAGUAUUGCCGACAGAGGUGCAAGUCGAGUCAGGGCCUCUACACCCAUCAAUUGACAUGUCCCGAAGCCCUCAAAGCGGCCGACGAGUCCGAAAACGAGCUAAGAAUCGACGAAAGCCAAUCCGAGGAUGGUGAAACCAACAACAAUAAUAAACCCCAUCCGAUGGAGAAUCGUGUUUUCAUCUGGAACAACAUUGAAUUCCCCAUGGAUGUGGAAGUUGAUGAUUCGAAAUAUGAGUACAAAGUCGAUGAUAACGUCUCCUUGGACCUCUCAGUGCGCACCCAAUCACCUGGAGGUAGUGAACGCAGUGAGAGCAGCUACGUGGGACAGGAAUUCACCACCACCCAUCUACACUCCCCCGUCGCCGACAAGAUUCCCACCCAUGGGAAUGACAUCACCGUGGCGCAGCACAAACGUGUCUUUAAGUGCCCCCAUUGCACCUUUUGGGCCUCGACGGCGUCGCGUUUCCACGUGCAUAUUGUAGGGCACUUGAAUAAGAAGCCCUUCGAAUGCUCACUUUGCGCCUACAGGUCGAACUGGCGAUGGGACAUUACCAAACAUAUCAAAUUGAAAUCGGUGAGAGACCCAGCGCAUGAAAGCGCCAAGGUUUUGAUGACGGACGAAACGGGACGCAGGAAUUACACCAAGUACAAUAAAUACUUGACUGAGAUCCAUGUGAGUGGGAAUCAGAGUUUGGAUACGAGUGGAGGGUCGGGGACGAGGCCCAAGCACCAUGAUAGGAACACCUCGCCGAGUCAAAAUAAGGGUGAUUUACCGAAAUUGACGCGAGCGCCAUCUGGGAAUGAUUUUAGUCCGAUGUUGAGGCCGCCGCCGCCGUUGAAAGCCGCCGAUGGAUCGUUUUUCAAAGUUGAUAAGAAUAAGAGGUCCAAUGUGGAUAAUAAGAGGACGUUUUUCAAAUGCAAGAAGUGUAAUUUUAGGGACGUUUCUCGCGAGAUCCUCUUGGCGCACGUGAAGGGCCACUACCCGCAGGGCUCCGGCGGGGGCGUUUCUGCGUCCAGCCCCAGUCAGGACUUGAGUUUGCGAGGUUCCAGUCCCGAGAAAGAUGAGGCAAGUGUUAGCACGUCAGCGAAAGGGAGCCAAGCGCCCUUCCGCUGCGGUCACUGCAACCAGGUAUCAAAUUGGAAGCAUGUCAUUCAGCGCCACUGUCGUCUGAAACACAGCGGAGACAUUCGCGUCGUUAGCAACAAAAACGGCCAAGAAAAACUCGAAAUCGAAGAACAAACCGAUGAACCGGAUCACGUGGAUGUGCCCCAAGAUGGGGCUUUCAAAUGCAAUGUGUGCCCCUUUUCCAGUGAUAGUCAGGAGGAAUUCGACGAGCAUCUCCCUGGGCAUUCGCCGACAACCGAAAGUGUCUUCAAGUGUCAAUUUUGCAAUUAUUUCGUCAACCAGAAGGAAAAUCUCUUCGAUCAUUUGAGACUUCAUGGAAUCGGCGAUCCGGAGGAUUUCCUCAAUAAGUUGUACUCGAGUCCGGAAGGGGACCUCGGGAAGAGGUUCAAAUGUAUGGUGUGCCCCUACGUGACCAAUUCCAAAUCACAGUAUACUUACCAUAAGCAGUUUCAUAAACCUAGAGGGGGCCAAUACACUUGCACCCAGUGUAGUUAUAAUGUUAGUAAGCGACACUUGUUGCACCAACACUUGAAAGUCCAUGGGAUUAGUAUCACACCUCAGAAACAAAACGGAGAUGUGAUUGAUCUCGAUGAUAUUUCCGAUGAGAUUGAGGAGGUGUCUUCGGGGGGUUUCGAGAGCCAGAAUUUCCCAGAUAUCCCACUGGUGUGGGUCUCCAAAAACGAUAAAUUCUCCAAAAUGUUUAAAUGUCGCUACUGUCCUCAUGUCAACUUGAGAAAAGUCAAUAUCCAAGAGCAUGAGAAAAUGCACAGUGUGAGGGAGAAAAACCCGAAUUCGAGUCGAUUAAACGAUGUAGAGCAUCGUUGUAGUGAGUGUAACUACGUGUGCAACAACGCGGGAGUGUUAUCAUCACACUCAAAGGUUCAUCAAGGGUUAUAUGGAACGGUUCAUUGUCUCGUAGAUCAAGUCAAAUCGGACGAGGAGCAAAUCCGUGAAUUGAGCAAGUUUUUGAAUACUCGACCCCUUGAAACCAUCAAUUUGGACGAUUAUGAGAAUCCGGAAAGUUCCGGUUUUGGGGACCCCGAAGAACAGGAUAACACUUUGUACUUUUGUAGCGAGUGUCCUGCUCGAUUUUUAAAAGAGAACGAGUUUAAAAUCCACACUAGAUUGCAUGGUUUGAGGUCGUACUACAAAUGCGACCAUUGCUCGUACUCAGCACGACAAAAACCCCAUUUAUUGGCACACAAAAACGUGCACUCGCAACAGUACCAAGACAGGACUCAAGUGUUGCAAACUAUGUACAAAUCGAGCAAUCAACCCCCUGAUUUGUACUCGAGUAUGAACACUGAAGGUGAGACGAUUUGGUUGGUUUCGGGUUGUAGUAGUGAGAUCAAAGAUUUGGAAAUGGACGUGGAGAGUCUUAGUGCCAUACUAAACAAACCCCCGAAGAGUAGUCUCAACGUGCCGUUAUCGGGAACCGAGCUCUUUUUGCAAAAGUCCGAAGCCCAGCAAAAGCUAAAAGAGCCGUCGCCCCCAUCGCCCAAAGCCAGUGACCCCCAAUUCGGGAGUCUCAUGCACGGCAACCCAAAUUUCGUGUACCCCACGUACCUGAAGAACGGCAAGAUGAAGGAGAAGCGCUACAAGUGCCAUAAAUGCCCCAGUGCGUUCGAGAAACGAGAGCAAUACAAAGUCCAUUUGAACCUUCAUGGGUCGAAACAGCGCUACAAUUGCGAGUAUUGCGACUACUCGGUGAAGUACUACGCGAAUUAUGUGCAACACUUGAAGAAGCACAAGAUGAACUCGGAGGCGUUGGCGGCGCGCGGCGCCGACGACGUCGAAAUGGAAGUCGAUGAUGAAGAAGUUACCAUUGAGGCUAGUGAUAAGAAGCUGUCGCUCGGUGAUCAGCAGGCGUUGAAUAUACUCCAGCAACGAUUGUUAGUCAAUAGUGCUAGUCCGAAGGAGGAGGAGAAGAAGGCCGUGACGUUCAAUUGUCCGAAUUGUCCGUAUGUGAAUCACCGGAAGGACGCGGUGGAUAACCACCAGAAGCGACACGUGAGCGUCUCGGGGAGUAAAAGUAACUACACGUGUGAGCAUUGUGAUUACUCGGUUCCGCAAGUGCACUUUUUGAGGGAGCAUGCCAAGUUGCACUUUGUGCCGAAUAAGGGCCAAGUGGAUGGUUACAUGUAUUGUGAUAGUUUGAAGCUGGUGGCGAGGAAGGUGGAGGAUGAGAAGGAGGAUGUGAUUUUUGAGGAGGGAGUGGAGGAAGUUACCGACAAGUUUAAUAACAAUGACGGGGAAAAACAGUUUGUUAAUGUAGAUACGGGGGAAGUAGCCGAAAAGGGGGGUAGUGAUAAAAUGGAUGAGAGUUAGUCAGAUUUCUAGUGAUAAUUAUUCAGAGGACUAACAGGUUUGCCUUAGUCGUAAAUAUAGAGUAUUUCUACAGAGUAUUUUCACAUAUUGAUAGCAAAUUUUCAUGUAGUAUUAAUUUUAAAGAAUUUUCUUACUUGAAUAGUGUUAUUAUUGUAUCUUGUAUUUAUUAUGUUUUAUCUAAUUGAUGUUCGUUCAUUCAUGGGUUUAUUAAUUAAUAACGCCAAAGCAUUUAAUGCCAAAUUUUGCCAUUAUUGUUGUAUUGUUUACAGAGAAUAUAUGAGUUAUAUUGCA